UACCUUCAUCCUCGCUCGCGGACCACAGGCACGCUCUUUACUACAACAUUAGCCAUCUCAUUCGCAGUCGUCGCACUCCCACAUCUUUUGCCAUGCCCUGUCGAUCGAAGGCAAUUUGCGGAUAGCUACGAGACUCCCGAUGGAAGAAUUGUCAGGAGGAAGAAGAGAAGAUGUGCCCAGGACCCAGCUGAAGGUACUGAAAAUGUUGAGAGCACCUCAGAUGGGUUGGCAGAUGCUAGACCACAACGAGAGUGCCCGGUUCCAAAGCCUGGAGGCAUCGUUGGACAAAUAAUGGGUUUUACGAAGGAC